ACAACAGACGCUGUUCCUCCGACGCGCUGUUCAGGUGUUCGGUGUAUGAUAUUGCAGAGAUCUAGACCGUUUUGGAGCUUUAUCAGUAUAUCUGCAUGACAUGGCCUAAAGUGAUAUGUCUAAGAGCCCGGCUGUCACGCGGACGUCUGAAAUGCUGUCUUUCUGCCCUCACUCCCUCAUAUCUCAGAGAAAGAAGCGGGAAUACCGUAAAAAUGAAGACUGACACGGGGGUGAUAAUUUGAGCUGUGUGUGUUUAUACCUCGAGUGGGAAAAGCUAGCGGCUAGGCUAGCCAGCUAGCUCAGACAGCUAUCCAGCAGAGGCUCGGAUAUCGGAUUUGUGCGGCCAUGGCUGGGCUCAUCAAGAAGCAGAUCCUGAAGCAUCUCUCCAGGUUUGCUAAGAACUUGUCUCCAGACAAGAUCAACCUGAGCACGCUGAAGGGGGAGGGCCAGCUGACCAACCUGGAGCUGGAUGAGGAGGUUCUCCAGAGCUUGCUGGACCUGCCCACCUGGCUGGCCAUCAACCGUGUGGAAUGCAACAAGGCCGCCAUCAGGAUACCAUGGACAAAGUUGAAGACUCACCCAAUCUCUUUGACCCUGGAUAAAGUGGUGAUGGAGAUGAGUACCUGUGAUGAGCCCCGUCCCCCCAAUGGCCCGUCUCCCAUAGCAACAGCAUCAGGACAAAGUGAAUAUGGCUUUGCUGAGAAGGUGGUAGAGGGGAUGUCACUGUCCAUCAACUCCAUCGUCAUCAGGAUCAGUGCCAAGGCCUUUAAUGCCUCCUUUGAGCUCUCCCAGCUGCAGGUCUACAGCGUCAACACCAGCUGGAGCAUCAGUGACCUGCGAUUCACCCGCAUCCAGGACCCUCAGAGGGGAGAGAUCCUGACGUUCAAAGAGAUCAGCUGGCAGAUGAUUCGUAUUGAGGCUGACGCUAUCCAGAGCGCUGAGCAUGAAAUGUUGAGUGCCCCCAUUCGCCUCAUCACCAACCAGUCCAAGAUCAGAGUCACUCUGAAGAGACGGAUUAAGGACUGUAACGUGGUGGCCUCCAAGCUGAUUCUGAUCCUGGACGACCUGCUCUGGGUGCUGACCGACUCCCAGCUCAAAGCCAUGGUGCAGUAUGCCAAGUCUCUCAGCGAGGCCAUGGAGAAGUCUGCACAGCAGAGGAAGAGCAUGGCCACAGAAGACCAGGUGUCCUCAGCGCCACCCACAGCCCAACAGGUGCGUACCCAGCAGGCGUCAACAGCAGCUGACCAGAAUGCAACCAUGGCCAAGCUGUUCAGCGCCUACGACGUAUGCGAGACGUCCCACCACCUCCAGAUCACACACCUCGACCUGCACAUCUGUGAUGACAUCCAUGUUAAGGACAAAGUGAGCAAUAAGAGGAUAACGGGUGGGGCCAUGCAGCUUUCCUUCAGCUCCAUUACUCUGGACUACUACCCUUUCCACAGAGCAGGUGACUGUUGUGCGCACUGGAUGCACUACAGCGAGGCCACCAAGACCAGAGAGGGCUGGGCACGGAGUCUGCUCGAUGAGUUCAAGUCCAACGUGGAGAUGCUAAAGAGUGCGGUUCGAGACCAGCAAGGCCCGGCCCCUGCACACAGUUCCCCACAACACGGUAAGAUAAACACCUCUUCCAGCGCUUCCUUCAGUCCUCCUCCCCCUCAAACCCCCAAGACCCAGCUCAUGUCCAGCUCUGUUGUUCUCAGGAUGGCUGACUUCAGCAUCUACCAGGUGUCAACAGCAGACCAGCGUCGCUCCAGCCCCAAGACCAUGAUCUCCUGCAAUAAGAAGGCCUUGUACCUUCCCCCAGAGAUGCCAGCCAUUCAUGUCGAGUUCACAGAGUACUACUUCCCCGAUGGAAAAGACUAUCCCAUCCCGUGUCCUAACCUGUACGUCCAGCUGAACGCCCUGCAGCUGGUUCUGGAUCCUCGCAGCCUGGUGUGGAUCAACCUUUUCACCCUCGACCUCAGGCAGAGUCUGGAGCAGUUCAUGGAGAUCUACAAGCUCAGUGACUCGCAGAAACCCGAAGAGCAUGUUGACAUCAAGGUUGACGGCCUUAUGCUUAAGCUGGUGAUUCCCACCAAUUGGGACGCCUCCUGUCCCGCUGAUCUGCCUCGCUCCAUUUCAGUGCAGACCUCAGAAAUGGUGGCCACAAACACCCGGCACCCAGCUAACUGCACCCGCUCCCACCUCGAGGCCUUGUUGCAGGCCUUUGAAGAGGAGCCCUUCUUCUCUCCCUGUUUCUCCUCCUUCCCUCGCUCCUCCUCCUCCUUACCCCUUCUCCAUCCCGUCUUCCAGCGCCACGCUCAUGAACAAGACACCAAGCUUCAUGAAAUCUACCGGGGCCUGGUGGUGCCGACGUUGGGCACAGACGCCCUCAAGAUGCCGGCCGCCUCUGACUUUUGGGCUUUGCACUUUGCCCAGUUCUGGGUGGACUAUGAAGGCACCCGCGGAGGCAAGGGGCGACCGCAGCCCUUUGUGGACUCCUUCCCUCUAACCAUGUGGGCAAGUCAGCCUGCAAAGAUUAUCCAGCACCAGGAGAAGCUCAGAGAGGGUUUGUCCAGAAGCACAUCAGGAGAGGCUGUCGCACGUCUGCAGAGGAAACGAUUAUUAAAGGACUAUUACAGUACUGAUGGUGCUGCAGCAUCAGCACACGAUUCAACACUGCCUUCCAGGAACGGACUUCAUAAACCCCUCUCAUUGGGAAGCCCGCCUUCCUCCUCCUCCUCUUCUUUGUCAUCAUCAAGUAAAGAAGCAGAUGUGCAUGUAUUGGUGCACGUGCAGAAGCAUCUAAGUGCUCAGGUGAGCCACCGGCAGUAUGUGUUUCUGAUGCAUCUUCAGCGCAGCAUCAAAGCCCUGCAACAGACGCUACAACAGGAUCUGGAGGAAAUGGGCUCCAAGAAAGACCGCAAGGAUCCGUCUCAGCAUCUUGCAGACCACCAGCCCUUCACUGUCUGCCUGGGUCUCCUGCUGAAAAGCGCAGAGGUGUCCCUGCUCCUGAAGCCCAUCCCCCAGCCUGAGGGUUCACGAUCUCCUCUGGGGUCCGAGCUCUCCCCCUCAGAGAGCCGGGGAACUCUGGAGCCUGGGAGCGAUGCAGGAGAGGGGGCGGAGAAGGGGAGUGAAGGAGCUGGAUCUGGGUCCGAAGGAGGAGCAGCCAGAGGGGCAUACACUGUAGACCAGCUGUUAUGUGGUGAUAGCUCGGAGGGUGGAGCCUCGCGUGGUCCUGCCCCUCUCGUCCCCAACUCUACGUGUCCUGACUCAAAUCACAAAGCCUCGCUGGAUGAGAGGACUUCAGCUAAGAACUCUGGGAGGCGGAGUUCAGAUGAAGGGGGCGAGGCAGUAGUGGAUGGGUUGGCUGGAGGUGAAGAUGUUGUAGCUGGACUAGAUUCUAAAACCCAGACGGGUGACCCCCUGUCAGACUGGAGCGACAAAGACAAGGCUGCAGCCGCCAAGCUGCCUCAGUCAGUAUCCAGGAAAGGAAGUUUGUCUGUGGUUUCUGAUUUCCUCAGCUCCUCAAACUCCAGCAGAUCCACCUCCCUUUAUUCCAUGUCCAACAUUGGUCGUUUGAUGCGGGACCGCUCCCAGUCCAGUUUCUCCGUGUCUUAUAAGAACAUGAAGAAGAGCCCGUCCCUGCAGUCGCUGGACAACAUCUCUAUAGACAGCUACCUGAUGGAGGACGGGGACGCGUACAGUCUGCUAGAGAGAGAUGACGUGUCCAUGUCAGGCUUCAAGGAUGCCAUCAGCGAACAGAGUGCCACUGAGAGCGCCACCGAGGCAGUGAUUGGUCAGGAGCAGGAGGGAGGCGUGUCCCCCGACACUGUCAGUGCGACCUCCCAGAGCAUCGAUGAUCCCACCAAAGAUCUAGUGUCGGUGCUGGUGUUGAAGGUGCAGUCGGUGUGUGUGGGCAUGGAGGCGUUUGGCGAGAGCACGGCCGUGGCUCUGGAGGUGGGCCAGGUCACACCCAGCCAGCUGGGCAAUGUCAGCCUGAGACAGUACCUCAGCAAUCGCAGCCUGGGUAUGGUGUGUUCAGUACCAAUACCUGCUCAAAGCAGCCAAGCUGGUGGUGAGAUCAGCUCUGCGUCCGCCGGGGGCCUCCACAGUCCAGCGGUGUGCGCUCGCCUUGAGAGCGGGCCCUGCGCCGCCGCUCACUCGCCGCUGGCUGAGCGCAACGGCUUCCUGCAGCUGCGUCUCCACGGAUACCAAGCAAGCUUCUUGAUGUCCACGCUGCGUAACCUGGCUCACUUCCUGGAGGAUGACUCUGCGCCGCUGGUGCUGCCCAUGGAGAUCAGCGUCAGGGACACACACGUCAACUUAAAGGACGACGGUCCCCGUGACAAUCUCUCUGACUCGGAGUCCUCGCCUAUCACCCUGCAUGUGGACAGUCUCAUAAUACACAGAAGAGACGACGGCUCAUUCUAUAUCGGAGUGGACACAGCAGCGGAGACCAAACCAUGGAAAGAGGGUGCGUUGAUUGAUAGCACUCUGACUCCAGUCCCUGAGAUUGUGGGUGGUGUCUGUGGUAUACCAAAGGCUACACAGACCCGAGCCCCACCCACCAGCCCCCCUCCAUCUAGCAGAGAAAAGAUGCUGGUGGAGGAAAACGAAUGUUUGAAAGUGGAGCUGUCCCGAGCCAAGAUGGCGCUGGCUGAGGCUCAGAUGGAGAAGGACUCACUGCUGCACCGCAUGAAGAACCUCAAAACCAGCUAGACCCGGCUCUCUCUUCACACCCACGCCCAGCCAGUCAGUCAUUCAUCUCUGCAGUUAUGAAGACUGACACUGAUGGGCAGCAAAGCAAAUUUAAAGGCAACAUCAACAAGCAAAGAAAAACACUAAAACGGCUCCCUUUACUGGCUCAUUUGUUGAGUGAGCCGCCAUUAGACUUCAAAAAAAUUCCCUCACGAAGCAAUGCAGAGUCUGUGUGAAGACUCAACAAUACACGUUUUUACACACUUGUCUGUUAUAUGUUCUCCACUUUGAGAGUUGAAAAGGGAGAAAUUACAUUUAAUGGGUUUGUGCGUGUGUCUGUGUGUUUGUGUGAAAGAAAGAGGAUGAGGAUCUAUAUCCGUGGAUGUGCCUACAGAAUUCCCUUCCCCGGCUAGCCCUAUUGUUAAAGUUAAAAUGGAAAAGAAUCACAGCUAACCUUAGAUGAGCUUCAUUCAAUCCUGUAAAUAUGAAGGAAAACUGAAUGUCGUAUCUUCAGAGGAAUGUCUUAAAAAAAAAAAAAAAAAAAAAAACUUAUUUUGCACUGCACAGAAAUUAAACUUGUAAUUUUGUGCUUUCAUAUUCAGAGGGCACGAGACAAAUCAUGCUCUCACUCGUCCUCUGAGUGUGUACAGUGUAAAUUGUAUAAGAAUGUGAACACAUAACUAUUUUCUUCAGAACUUUGAAAGGUUAUACAGUGUUUCAGUUGAAUGUGUGUGUUUGUCAGCCAGAACAAGCAUUUCAUUACAAGUAGAGGAUGAAUUUAUAUCCGCCAGUUCCACAGCUUUGUUAGCAAAAUGCCCAACAAUAAUGUCUGUAUCCCCCCUCCUAUUUUUCUAUGUGUAAAUAGCUACUUAACAUGUGCAGCACUUUUAAAACUGAGGCACUGUAAAUAAACAACCAGAGCUGUGAGAGAGCUGACGAGUUGAGAGAGAAAUGUAUUAACUUGUGGGAUUAGGACAAUUAAGGCACAUUGAAGCUGCCUGACUACAUACAUAUAUAUGUAUGUGUGUUUAUGUAAAUUUCUAAUCUACCAUGUGUAAUUUUGUCAUGGAUAAGUAUUGACCAUAUCUGCUGCUGUUCCAUGCGUCAUGCCUGUGUGAAGACUUCAGGGGAAACCCCUGAGUAGAUGUUCAAAAUGACAAAAAUCGACUUACUUCUAACAGCACAUGCUUUGGCAUAGCACAAACGACUAUAAAAGAACAGUUUGAGGUCUCCGAACUUUGCUCUCACAUCUAACGGUUAACAGUAGAGUCAGUACAUCCAUCAGUCUAAAUAUGCAACCAUCUUAACCUGUACUUGAGCUCGGCCCAGUUCAUUUCAGUUUCCUGUAAAAGGCAUGAAACACAACUAGUUCUUUGCACAAACGUGUCAAGUAUCAAGACUUGAAAUGUCAUAGGUAGGAUUUUAACACGAUUGUAUGUGAAGAGUUUUGUUUGGUGAAGAGGAAAUUCUUUCUUUUUCAUCUUGUGUUUUUCCUCCAUUCAUCACAGCCCCUCCUCCCCUCUCUUUGGGAAACUCCCCCCUCUGAGACCCUGUGGAGGAAAGAAAAAGACACAAAGUAAUAAGUUGUAUUUUGUCUGUCAAAGCUGCUGAAAUACUGAUGAAAAUAAAAGGGUUUGGAAUUUGAAA